CGGAGCCGCCCGCGUGCAGAGGAGGACCUUCAGUGGCUGCUGCUGUAGAUAUGCGGGUGGAGAUGUCGUCCAGAGCCAGAGCAAUCUGCACCCGGUGCUGUUGGCGUGCACCUGAUGGUGUGAGCACCGGCUGAGGGGACUCAUGCGCAAACAUGCGGAUUGUUCUCCUUUUGCUGUGCGUUCUGUGCGCCGCGCGGGUCCGGGGCGCUUUCGACGGAACCUGCCCCAGAAAAGAGCCUCCACCUGGUGUGCUGGUUGUAUCCCAGGGCAGUAAGUUGGUUUUGACCUGCAGUGGCCGUGUGGAGGUGGACGGGGUGAAGGUCAGCAUUCACAGAAACAGUGCAAACAUUAGAAGAGGGAAUUCCUCUAAUGCAACCCCAACCACUGAAAACAUAAUCAGCGAAACUGGAGUCUGGAUGAAAAUUAAAAAACAUCCUGUGAAUGAGGGAAAACAGCCCAACUCAACUUUGGCUGGAGAAAGCAGAAGCCUCGGACUUACAGGAUAUACAGCUUCUACCAGCACUCACACAGCCCGGCCAACCAGUGUGGACAGACAACUAAAGGGUGAAGAGAUGGAUGGCAUGGGCGAUUAUGAGGAAGAGGAGGAAGCGGAGAAAGGGAGCAGAGUUACAAGGGGCACAAAGUCAAGGCUGCAGUGGAAGUGGAUGAGUCGGACAGUGAGGAAAGGAGUCAGAGACCGGGGAGAAACCACAUUUGAGAGGAGAGGGGCUGCACUGUCUCUGUCCCCGGUCAGACUGGAGGACUCUGGGAGGUACACCUGUUAUCACCGAGGCAGAGAGAGGUCCUCCUUCCUCAUACACGUUGCAGAUCCUCCAGAGACUCCCAGCCUGUCCUGCUACAAAAGGUCACCCAGCAGUAAGAUCCGCUGUGAAUGGGCCCCUCAGAGGCCCCUCACGAUAUGGCCGAACUGUUACCUCCUCCUUAGUAAAAGCCCCACACAGGCGUUCCUUCCAUCGCAGUGCUCAUACUCACAUCGGAGCUCCCGCUGUUGGUGUGCUCUGGACCACAAUGAGGACGAGCAGAGAACCCUCCACAUGGCCUACCUGUGUGUGACGAGCAUCGCAGGAAACGCCACCAGCGCCCUGCUGCACUUCCUACCGCUAAGCAUUUUAAAGCCUGACCCUCCAUCGGAUGUGACGGUUCAACAGGAGGAGGGACAAGAGAUGAGGAUGACCGUUACCUGGAGUUUGCCGAACUCCUGGAAGUCUCAAGAAAGCUUUUAUGUACUAAACUACGAGAUCAAAUACCGACCUCUCAAGUCCUCGUUAUAUCAUGGCCAGAUACAGGCGGUGAAGAAGCGCUCCUACACAAUCACUGAUGCAAUGCCUGGUGUUGAGUACUUGAUACAACUCAGAACCAAGGAAGAGUACGAUGGUCAGUGGAGUGACUGGAGUACACCUGUCCAAGCCAGCAGCUGGUUGAGGUCAACAAGGUCAUUCGAGUUGUUGAAAGAUGAUCUGUCCACGACGUUUCCAGUAUACACAGACAAUGAGGGCAGCUCUGGUACAGAUGUUGAUGUGAUUGAUGAUCCUGAGCCAGUCCAACGUGGUGCGGCGGUGUCGCGUCAUGGCCUGUGGAUCUCUGCUUCCUUUGCUCUCUUGUCUCUUGUCCUUUUAGCUGCCUACAUAUUCAGACACAAGGAAAGAUUUAUGCGUGUCGUCAUAAAAUGUAAGGAUUCUCCGCGGCCUCCGCCUUCCAGCCCAACGCCUCCAGAAGGGCAGGCUCUGGUGGCCUUCGCCCCCCCUCAUUACAAAAAAGAACCACAGAGUGAAGUGGAAAAAGGGGAAGAAGAACAGCGGCUGAAGGAGAGGGUAGAAGCCAUGAACUUCAACAACACAAGUUAUUUCUUUCUCCAUAGAACUCAUGGGCAGGCGGAAAAGGGAAUAAAACUAGCCAGUGUCACAGAUGACUAAAAGAUAUUGGACUUAACAUUGGGAUUGUUUUUCAAUGAGCUUCUGUUGGAUGCAAACUCAGGAACCACUUGUAAUCUGUCUCUCUUGAGAGAUAUUUUAGGCAUUAUUUAAGAAGACAGUAUACUGUCUUCUUAAAUAAUGCCUAAAAUAUCUCUCAAAGACUUUUUGUCAUUGUAUUUGUCUCAAGAGCAGCCUUUUGGCUACUCUUUCUCAUAUCUGCCUAGUUAAAGUGUGUUGAUACACCGUAGACUAGAUGUGGGCCUCAUUAUAGGCCUGUGUCAAGCAUACCACCGUAUCUUCUGUUUGUAUGUCAUUUCUAUUAAUGUUUAUCACAUAUAUCGCUUGCUGCUCUUUCAGUUUGAACAUAUUCUUUACUGUGUUAGCCCCUAAACUCCAGGCUCUAGGAAUAAUACAUAAUAAAAUAAUACCGUAGUUAUAAUAACCCGAAGAACAACAUCAAUUGAUAUGACACAUGCAGGCCUUAUUAAGUUAAGUAUUGGUUUAUUAUUUGAUCUUGAGCCUCUUUCUUGAAGAGGUCAUCAAAUAUAGUUUUUUUCGUUACCUUAGUUUUGUGUUUAUAUGUAGCAUAUUCCCAAAUUAAUUUAAUAAAAUGACCACUCAGUAAAUCAGGUGCUGGUGCCGAUAGUAUUCUAGUGGAGAAAGCAUGUGAACUGCACUCAUCACACAGGGAAGAGGGAGCAAUGAGUUAAUACAACCCCAGCAGCAUCAAGUGUGAUUGUUACAGUUUUCAGGGACUACACAGCUAAAUCUAAAUAUUCACUUAGAAAGAAAUGCAAAACCUUAUCAAAUAGGAUGCUCGUGGUCAUCUGUGGAUCGUGAUGGGUUAUUAGAAAAUGUAAUGAACAGACAAAUAAACAAGUUGAAGGCU